CAACCCUAAUAAACCCCUCACCCCCGCGCCGCCGCCGCCUCCACUCUCCUACGCUUCCACCCCCCAUUCCCAUCCCCUCCACCCAGAUCGCCGCCGCCGCCUUCGCCUCGGACGGCCGUACGGCGCCGUCCACCGCGCACGUCUCCGGCGAUCUACAGGUGUAGAUCGCUUCCGGAGACAUCCAACCGCGGCCAUGGCGACCUUCGCGAAACCUGAGAACGCGCUCAAGAGAGCGGAGGAGUUGAUACAUGUUGGGCAGAAGCAGGCAGCGCUACAGGCGUUACAUGAUCUCAUCACUUCAAAAAGAUACAGGUCAUGGCAAAAGCCACUCGAAAGGAUUAUGAUGAAGUAUGUGGAGCUCUGUGUAGACCUGAGGAAGGGCAGGUUUGCGAAAGAUGGCCUUAUUCAGUACAGGAUUGUCUGCCAGCAAGUGAAUGUGUCAUCCUUGGAGGAGGUGAUAAAACACUUCAUGCAGCUUUCCAAUGAGAAAGCAGAGCAAGCAAGGAACCAGGCGCAAGCACUGGAAGAUGCCCUGGAUGUAGAAGAUCUGGAAGCAGACAAGCGGCCUGAGGAUUUGAUGCUCAGCUAUGUCAGCGGGGAGAAAGGGAAGGACCGAUCAGACAGAGAGCAUGUCACACCAUGGUUCAAGUUUCUCUGGGAAACAUACAGAACAGUUCUUGAGAUAUUGAGAAACAAUUCAAAGCUUGAAGCAUUAUAUGCUAUGACUGCUCACAAGGCUUUUCAAUUUUGUAAGCAGUAUAAGAGAACGACUGAAUUCCGUAGGUUGUGCGAGAUAAUAAGAAAUCAUCUUGCUAACUUGAACAAAUACCGUGACCAGCGAGAUCGUCCUGAUCUGACUGCCCCAGAAAGCUUACAGCUAUACCUGGACACUAGAGUUGAACAACUAAAAAUUGCUACAGAGCUCUCUCUCUGGCAGGAGGCCUUUAGGUCUGUGGAAGACAUCCAUGGCUUGAUGAGCAUGGUGAAGAAAACACCAAAACCAUCUGUCCUGGUUGUGUAUUAUGCCAAGUUGACUGAAAUAUUCUGGAUAUCUGAUUGCCACUUGUAUCAUGCAUAUGCAUGGCUUAAGCUAUUCUACUUGCAGAAAAGCUACAAUAAGAACUUGUCUCAGAAGGACCUUCAAUUAAUAGCUUCUUCUGUUUUGCUUGCUGCACUUGCCGUGUCACCAUAUGACCAUAAAUAUGGCGCAUCUCAUCUUGAGCUUGAAAAUGAGAAAGAUCGUAAUCUGCGGAUAGCUAAUCUCGUCAACUUCUCCCUUGACUCCAAGCGUGAGAAUAGAGAAGUGCCAUCAAGAGCAUCUCUUUUUUCUGAGCUGGCUGCCAAAGGUGUCAUUGCCUGUGCUUCACAAGAUGUCAAAGAUUUAUACAACCUUUUGGAACACGAUUUUCUUCCUCUGGAUCUCGUAUCCAAAGCACAGCCACUGCUAUCUAAGAUUUCAAAGAUUGGAGGGAAGCUUUCAUCAGCUCCCUUGGUUCCAGAAGUUUUUCUGUCACAGUACCUUCCUGCUUUGGAGAAGUUAACAACUUUAAGGGUGUUGCAACAGGCUUCCCAGAUAUUUCAGUCUGUGAAAAUUGAUAUGCUCUCAAGAAUGAUCCCAUUCUUUGACUUUUCUGUUGUUGAGAAGAUCUCUGUUGAUGCCGUGAAACACAAUUUUGUUGCUAUGAAAGUCAACCAUUUAUCAGGAGCUGUCCAUUUUGGGAAAAUGGACAUUGAAUCUGAUUGUCUCAGUAAUCACCUAAGUGUUUUGGCUGAUUCUCUAAAUAAAGCAAGGAGCCUUAUCCAUCCACCUGUGAAGAAGCCAUCCAAGCUUGGUGAAAACUUAACGAGUCUUGCUGCAGUAGUGGAGAAUGAGCACAAGCGUCUUCUUGCGAGGAAAUCAAUUAUUGAAAAACGCAAAGAAGAUCUUGAGCGCCAAAUAUUGGAAAAGGAAAAGGAAGAAGAAAAAAAGAGAUUGAGUGUUCUCAAGAAAUCUGCAGAAGAUGAAAGGAUAAGGCUUCUCAAUGAUGUAAAAUUGAGGGAACAGGAGAGGAUCCGUCGACAAUUGGUUGAAAAAGAAAAGAUAGAGGCAGAAGAACUGCUUCAGAAACAGAUAAAGGAGAUAGCAAAGAGAGGAGGAAAAAAACCUGUCCUUCAGGGGGAAGUUACUAAGGAGGCUGUGAUGGAAUUGGCUAUGAAUGAGCAGUUUAAGGAGCGCCAAGAGAUGGAGAAAAAACUACAGAAGACUGGUAAGCAAAUGGAUUACUUGGAGAGGGCAAAAAGGCAGGAAGAGGCACCUCUAAUUGAGCAAGCUUUUCAAAAACGCCUUGAAGUAGAGAAAAUCCUUCAUGAGCAAGAGCAGCUGAGAGAGAUUGAGCUCAGCAAGCAACACCAUGCAGGUGACCUGCAGGAGAAGAACAGACUUUCUCGAAUGUUGGAGCAUAAGAACAUUUUCCAGGAAAGAAUUGUCCAACGUCGUGAAGCUGAGUUUAGUCGUCUUAAGAAAGAGAGGGAUGAAAGGACUAGUCAAUUGAUAUCAUCAAGGAAGCGUGAAAGGGAUACAGUGCGGAAGUUAAUGUACUAUCUUAACUUAGAAGAGCAGCGCCUCCAAAGGCUCCGUGAGGAAGAGGAAGCUAGAAAACGUGAAGAGGAAGAGAGGAGAAAGAGGGAAGAGACUGAGAGGAAGGCUAAGCUGGAUGCAAUUGCAGCCAAGCAGCUGCAGAGAGAGAGGGAACUAGAAGAGAAGAAGGAAAAACAGAGAAUGGAAGCUCUCAUGGGAAGAGGAGCUGGAGCUGCUGAGCCUGCACGCACUCCUGAUGCUGCUCCGGUUGCACAGCCAGCUCAGCCGGUAGCUGCACCGGCUGCUGCUGCUGCCGCUGCUGCACCAGCUGCUGGUAAGUAUGUCCCGAAGUUUAAACGAGGUGGUGAUGGUGGCAGUAGUGCUGGCGGCCAGAGACCUGCUGUGGCACCUGAGCAAGACCGUUGGGGUUCACGGGAUGAUCGCCCACGUCCUGAUAUGCGUCCGCUCCGCCAAGAGGCACCCCCUGCUCGCGAUGCUGCUCCCCCAGCCCGCCAAGAUGGUCCUCCAGGCACAUGGCGACCUUCAAGAUACUCAAGUUCAUCAUCUUCCUCAACCUGGAGCAGCAGGCGCAACUGAAGCCGUCUGCUUUCAGAUGUGGACUGCUAGGGUGAGAUUUUUUGCUGUCCAGGGCCAUUGCUGAGAUAAGCCUGUGAAACAUGGUUGAAUGUUUGACUGUUUGCGCAUCAAAUGCUCGUAAAAUUUUGGAGUUAGGACCUGCUUCAGGGCAAUAGCACCUUUCCUAAGUUAUGUCAAAUGUUAUUUCGUUGUUGCAGUUACUCCAUUGCACACUGGAUUGCUACUCGUUAAGUUUGUCCAAACUUUGGCGCUGUUAGUAAUACUGGAAUAUUGCCCUUGUCUU